CUUUAGGUAUGUAAAGAGCUCAUGUUGGUAUUUUUACAGAAUUGGCAGUUCUUUAUUGUCAUUAUAAAUAAAAGAAAGUUAUGGAACAUUGUAGAUAAUAUUUCUAAAAGAUGAACAUCUUAAAAGUUUUAAGAACUUGUGAAAAGAUGUGUCUCUGGAGUGAAGCUGUUUACUUACAUUAACAUUAUGAUUAACCAGAUAAUGCUAUCAAUAUUAUGAUUGAACAUUCACCAACUGCAUUUUCACAUGAUGUUUUAGUUAUGUUACUCUAAAAGAUUACUAAUACAGAUUUGUAUUAUAAAUGUAUUCUCUUCUAUCUUGAAGAACAACCUGAAUAAAUUAAUGAUUUAUUAAGAAGCAUUCAAUCUAAAAUUGAUUUAAGCAAAUUUGUUAAACUUAUGAAGAAUACUGGUUAUUUGGCUCUUACUUUACCAUUUUUAUAAUAAAUUUAAAAUGCUAAUAAUAAAGAUGUCAAUGAUGCUUUAAAUCAACUUUAUUUAGAUAUUGAAGAUUAUGAAAAUCUUAGAGAAUCAGUUAAAAAUUAUGAGAACUUUGAUUAAUUAGCUUUGGCAUAAAAAACAUAAUCUCAUGAAUUAGUUGAAUUCAGAAGAAUUGCUGCUUAUCUUUAUAGAAAGAUAUAGAAAUAUGAUUUAUCAAUGAAUUUAAGUAAAUAAGAUUAAAUGUACAGGGAUGCAGUUGAAACAGCAUAAGAAUCCUAAAAUGUCAAAUUAGUUUAUGAAUUAUUAGAAUUCUUCAUUUAAAAUAAAGAGAGUGAAUUCUUUACUGUUUGUCUCUACACAUGUUAUGAUUUACUAAAACCUGAUUAAGUUAUGGAAUUGACCUGGAGAUCAGGUCUAAUGGAAUUUGCUAUGCCUUACUUUAUUUAAAUCACUUGGGAAUUAACUCAUAAGAUUGAAUAUGUUUAGAAGAAACAUGAAGAUAGAGAAAAGAAAGUAUUAUUCAUAUUUAUAUUCAUAGGAAAUUCAAACUGCUUAAUAAUAGUAAUCAUAAGCUUUACCUAUUGCUUAAGAUUUCUUAUUGAAUUAAGGAUAAUUGAUGUUAGGACCACCCAGCCAAAUGAGUAAUAGCAAUUUAGGCUAUGGAUAACCAUCUGGCUUUGGAAAUUCUACAAUGAAUUAAUCUCCUAUGGGUUAUGGAGGAUAAUAAUUUGGAUCAUAUUAACCACCAGGUUUUUGAUCAAAUUAAAUAUAUUAAAAAUAAAAC